AUGCCCACGAAGCCAUCAGCCGAGGACGAUGACAGCGAAUCUUUCAUCAAUGACUACGCUGACUACUUCGAGAUGGCUCCAUAUCAAAAUGAUGGCGAGCUAGGCCUCAGCACAGCGGAGAUCAAGGCACUGCGCGACCGGCUCAUGGAAAUGGGCCCAGUCAAGUUUCUGGAGGAAGUCGUCGAGAACGAGGGAGUGGACCCACGCCGUGUCGGCAUCGUCUUCAAUCUGGACCCCGACCUCGACAUCGAUGAGGCCGACUUUCUCAAAUUGCUGGGAUGCACGAUCGCGCGCACAUAUUGGAAACGCAAGAAGCUUCCGGAAUACAACACUAUUGACGACGCUGCCAAUCUGCUGAAAUCAUGCAAAAACAUCCUCGUCAUUACUGGCGCCGGGAUCUCGACUUCACUUGGAAUCCCAGACUUCAGAUCCAAGGACAACGGCUUCUACACCAAGCUCGUGGCCAUGGGCUACUUCGAACCAGAAGAAGUCUUUGACAUUCACACCUUCGACGAUGACCCUAGCGUAUUCUACAACUUGGCUGGCGACAUACUCCCAGACGAGAAACAGGGAAUUUCCCCAACACACGCCUUCAUCCGUCUUCUCCAGGACAAGGAUCGCUUACAGACGAAUUACUCUCAGAACAUCGACAACCUUGAGGCCUUGGCGGGCAUCCAUGACAAUCGUCUCAUACAAUGCCAUGGUAGUUUUGCGACCGCAUCGUGCAGGCGGUGCAAAGUAAAGGUUCCGGGCAAUGAGAUCUUCGCCGAAAUCCGCAACAAAGAAAUCGCCAGAUGUAAGCGCUGCAUCGAGGAGAUUAGCGAGACAGCCAGCGUGUCCAAGCGACCACAGAAACGCAGCAAACUCAACGACUCAGACGACUCGGGCGAAGACGACGACAUCCCACAACCAGGUGUGAUGAAACCAGACAUCACAUUCUUUGGAGAACAGCUCCCAAACAACUUCUUCGAUCGCUUUACGGACCGCGACGCGCAAGCAGCAGAUCUUGUAAUUGUGAUCGGUACGUCCCUCAAGGUGGCACCCGUGAGCGAGAUGCCAAACUACCUCCCACAUGUUAUCCCGCACAUCUACAUUUCGAGGGAGGCCAUUACACACGUCGAGUUCGACAUUCAGCUUCUCGGCGAUUGUGACGAUGUUGUGUUCGAGUUGUGCCGACGGGCAGGCUGGAGCUUGAAGCACGACAUGAUUCCACGGGGCUUCAGGACCAAUGUAAUGCCCGUUGAGGGCCACGGCCAUCAUUGGAGAGUGACACCCGCGGUGAAAGAGAUUGAGGACUCGCAGGACUUUGACGAGCAGGCUACCCCUGAGCUUGUCCGUCGUCCUUCAACGAGCGGAGCCGAAAACCACACUUCUUCGGCGCCACAUCUGAACGCGAUGUUCAAGACCACUCUUUGA